AGGCAGCGAGGGCUCAUUGCCACAGCGGCUCCUCCGGCUCAAAAGAGAUCGAAGCCGCGGGCGACGUCCUGCUGGUCUUUCCUUUAAAAGUUUGAAUCUCUUCUUCUAAAAUCCACUUCUUGGUGGACAUUUGAGGGAAAGCCAGAGGUCACCAUGGAACUUGAAGGAGGCCGCAAUGAAAGCGCAGAGAAGAAGUUGUUGCAAAUGGGCAAAAAAAGUAAAAAAGAUAAGGAAGAAAAGAAACCAACUGUCAGUACAUUGGCAAUGUUUCGCUAUUCAAAUUGGCUUGAUAAGUUAUAUAUGGUGCUGGGGACUGUUGCUGCCGUUAUCCAUGGAGCUGCACUCCCUCUCAUGAUGCUAGUUUUUGGAGAAAUGACGGAUAGCUUUGCAGAUAUACCAUCCCAAAUGCCAAAUUAUCCAAACAUAUCUAAUUCAAGUUUUGAUGACAAGAUCAUCUACCAAUAUCUGGAGAAGAACAUGACUGUGUAUGCCUAUUAUUACAGUGGAAUUGGCGCUGGUGUGCUUGUUGCUGCUUACAUUCAGGUUUCAUUCUGGUGCCUGGCAGCUGGAAGACAGAUAUUCAAAAUUAGAAAACAAUUUUUUCAUGCUAUAAUGCGGCAGGAGAUCGGCUGGUUUGAUGUACAUGAUGUUGGGGAGCUGAACACAAGGCUCACAGAUGAUGUCUCCAAAAUUAAUGAAGGAAUUGGUGACAAAAUUGCAAUGUUUUUUCAGUCAAUAGCGACGUUUGUCACUGGUUUUAUAAUAGGAUUUACACGUGGUUGGAAGCUAACCCUUGUGAUUUUGGCCAUUAGUCCUGUUCUUGGAGUAUCUGCUGCUGUUUGGGCAAAGAUACUUUCUUCAUUUACUGAUAAAGAACUCUUGGCAUAUGCAAAAGCUGGAGCAGUAGCUGAAGAGGUCUUAGCAGCAAUUAGAACUGUGAUUGCAUUUGGAGGACAAAAGAAAGAACUUGACAGAUACAACAAAAAUUUGGAAGAAGCUAAAAGAAUUGGGAUAAAGAAAGCUAUUACAGCCAACAUUUCCAUGGGUGCUGCUUUCCUGUUGAUAUAUGCAUCUUAUGCUCUGGCAUUCUGGUAUGGGACUAAGUUGGUCAUCACAAACGAAUAUUCUAUUGGACAAGUACUCACUGUCUUUUUUUCUGUAUUAAUUGGGGCUUUCAGUGUUGGACAGGCAACUCCAAGCAUUGAAGCAUUCGCAAAUGCAAGAGGAGCAGCCUAUGAAAUUUUUAAUAUAAUUGAUAAUAAGCCAAGCAUUGACAGCUAUUCAAAGAAUGGGCACAAACCAGAUACUAUAAAGGGAAAUUUGGAAUUCAAAGAUGUUCACUUCAGUUAUCCAUCUCGAAAAGAAAUAAAGAUCUUGAAAGGCCUCAACCUGAAGGUUCACAGUGGGCAGACAGUGGCCCUAGUUGGAAACAGUGGCUGUGGGAAAAGCACAACCGUCCAGCUGAUACAGAGGCUCUAUGACCCUUUGGAAGGCACGGUCAGUAUCGAUGGACAGGACAUUAGGACCAUAAAUGUAAGGUAUCUAAGGGAAAUUAUCGGCGUGGUGAGUCAGGAACCUGUGUUAUUUGCCACCACAAUCGCUGAAAAUAUUCGCUAUGGCCGUGAAGAUGUUACCAUGGAUGAGAUAGAGAAAGCUGUGAAGGAAGCCAAUGCUUACGACUUUAUCAUGAAGCUACCUAAUAAAUUUGACACCCUGGUUGGAGAGAGAGGGGCCCAGCUGAGUGGCGGGCAAAAACAAAGAAUUGCCAUUGCAAGAGCCCUGGUUCGCAACCCCAAGAUUCUUUUGUUGGAUGAAGCCACAUCAGCUUUGGACACUGAAAGUGAAUCAGUGGUUCAGGCAGCCCUGGAUAAGGCCAGAGAAGGUCGUACCACCAUUGUGAUAGCUCAUCGUUUAUCUACAGUUCGUAAUGCUGAUGUCAUUGCUGGUUUUGAAGACGGAGUCAUUGUGGAGCAAGGAAGUCAUGAUGAACUCAUGAAAGAGAAAGGCAUUUACUUCAAACUUGUCACAAUGCAGACUAGAGGAAAUGAAAUUGAAUUAGAAAAUGCAACUGAUGAAUCCAAAAGUGAAAGUGAUGCCUUGGAAAUGUCUCAAAAAGAAUCAGGAUCAAGUCUAAUAAGAAGAAGAUCAACUCUCAAGGCUGUCAGUGCACCACAAAGCCAAAACAGAAAACUUAGUACAAAAGAGGACUUGGAAGAAAAUGUACCUCCUGUUUCCUUUUGGAGGAUUCUGAAGCUGAAUAUAACUGAAUGGCCUUAUUUUGUGGUUGGUGUAUUUUGUGCCAUUAUAAAUGGAGGCUUGCAACCAGCAUUUUCAGUAAUAUUUUCAAAGAUUGUAGGGAUUUUUACCAAAAGCCAGGAUAAUGCAACAAAAGAACGGGAUAGUCACUUCUUUUCACUAAUGUUUCUAAUCCUUGGAAUCAUUUCUUUUAUUACGUUUUUCCUUCAGGGAUACAUGUUUGGCAAAGCUGGAGAGAUCCUUACCAAACGGCUCCGAUACAUGGUUUUUAAAUCCAUGCUGAGACAGGAUGUGAGUUGGUUUGAUGACCCUAAAAAUACCACUGGAGCAUUGACUACCAGGCUCGCCAAUGACGCUGCUCAAGUUAAAGGGGCUACAGGUUCCAGGCUUGCUGUAAUUACCCAGAAUAUAGCAAAUCUUGGAACAGGCAUUAUUAUAUCCUUAAUUUAUGGCUGGCAGUUAACACUUUUGCUCUUAGCAAUUGUACCCAUUAUUGCAAUAGCAGGAGUUAUUGAAAUGAAAAUGUUGUCUGGACAUGCACUGAAAGAUAAAAAAGAACUAGAAGGUGCUGGAAAGAUCGCUACUGAAGCAAUAGAAAAUUUCCGAACUGUUGUUUCUUUGACUCGAGAGCAGAAGUUUGAAUAUGUGUAUUCACAAAAUUUGCAGGUACCAUACAGAAACUCUUUGAGGAAAGCACACAUCUUUGGCAUUACAUUUGCAUUCACCCAGGCAAUGAUGUACUUUUCUUAUGCUGGCUGUUUCCGGUUUGGUGCAUUCUUGGUGGCAAAGCGGAUUAUGGAAUUUGAGCAUGUUCUGUUGGUCUUCUCAGCAAUUGUCUUUGGAGCCAUGGCAGUGGGACAGGUCAGUUCAUUUGCUCCUGACUAUGCUAAAGCUAAAGUGUCAGCAGCUCAUAUCAUCAUGAUUAUUGAAAAGGUUCCUCUGAUUGACAGCUACAGCACAGAAGGCCAAAAGCCGAAAAUGUUGGAAGGAAAUGUGACAUUUAAUGAAGUCGUGUUCAACUAUCCCACUCGGCCAGACAUCCCAGUGCUUCAGGGGCUGAGCCUUGAGGUAAAGAAGGGCCAGACACUGGCCUUGGUGGGCAGCAGCGGCUGUGGGAAGAGCACGGUGGUCCAGCUCCUCGAGCGGUUCUACGACCCCAUGGCGGGCACAGUGCUCAUUGAUGGUAAAGAGACCAAAGACCUGAAUGUCCAGUGGCUCCGGGCACAACUGGGCAUUGUGUCCCAGGAGCCCAUCCUGUUUGACUGUAGCAUUGCUGAGAACAUUGCUUAUGGAGACAACAACCGGGUUGUGUCACAGGAAGAGAUUGAACAGGCAGCCAGGGAGGCUAACAUACACCCUUUCAUCGAGACACUGCCUGAUAAAUACAACACCAGAGUAGGAGACAAAGGCACUCAGCUCUCUGGCGGUCAGAAACAGCGUAUUGCCAUAGCUCGAGCACUGGUUCGAAAGCCUCACAUUUUGCUUUUGGAUGAAGCUACAUCAGCUCUGGAUACAGAAAGUGAGAAGAUUGUCCAAGAAGCCCUGGACAAAGCCAGAGAAGGCCGCACCUGCAUCGUCAUUGCUCACCGCCUGUCCACCAUCCAGAAUGCAGAUGUGAUAGUGGUAUUUCAGAAUGGUAAAGUCAAGGAGCAGGGCACGCACCAGCAGCUGCUGGCACAGAAAGGCAUCUAUUUUUCCAUGGUCAGUGUUCAGUCUGGAGUCAAGCGCUAGUGAACUGUGACCAUAUGAGUUGUUAAAUACUUUAUAUUUCAGUAAAAAUAUGGCAUUUAAUCAGAGUGAAAAUGGAGCUACCCAUUUAACAUUUCCUGCCACAAUUGAAGAUCAUUCCACCAAGUUCAGAGUCUUCAGACUUUAUUCUUUAAGAAACAGAAAGAACAUCACUAAAUGGAGUGAAAUAGUGUUUUCUAAUUGUGUCAUAAAAUUUAUAGAGUAAUUCAAAGUAGAUUUUGUUAAUAAAUGUGUAAUUUUUGUUUAUAUUUUCUUAUUUGGACAGUAACUGACUGCCUUGCUAAAUGACUAUAGAAGUAACAAAAAAUAUUUUAUGUUUGCAGUAAAGUGCCUGUAAUAAAACUAAACUUUCAUAUGACUGAAGUCAACAUGUCCAAAAUAUCUAUAGAUAUAAUCUCUCUCAAACGCAAUAUUGCCUAUAAUUUUGGGGGCUUGUUCCAGUUGAUUCUGAAUUUCCAUGUUAUGAUGACUCUCCAACCACACAGACAGAUACAAGAUUGUGGGGGUUUGGUUGGGACAAAGGAUGCACAGUUGUGAAGUGUAUACUCUGUCGUACAUGAAAUACUUUCCAUUGUUUUUAUAAAGGACUGACUGUUACAGGAUGUUAAUAUAUUUCACUUUAAAAAUGUAAUUUUUUUCUGAUUUGAUAACAAAUCAUUUUACAAUAAUUGAUCAGUUUCCAAAGUCUAUCUAUCUGGUUGCAGAUGUUUAAAAACUCAUAAUUUUAAACAUAUCAUUAUGCAAACAAUGAAAGAGAACAUAUAUCAAAUAAAGAUUAAUUACAAACAACAACUAAAAAUUAAUAUUGAAAGGCACAAUCUAGGAGCAAUAUUUGCCAUAUUAUUAUAAACAACUGACAUCCUUAAUACAUAAAGAAUUUGAAAGAAAAAAAUAUCAUCACCUCCAAGGAAAAAAUAAGCAAAAGAUAAGGUCAUAAAAUUCCUAAAGAAAAAAAUAUAUAAGAGAAAAACUGUAUUAUCUCAAUAAUAAAGAAUACAAGGUAAAGCCACAUACCCCUGAGAAGUGAUGGUCACAUCAUGGUGCAAUUAAGGUGUCACUUAUUUUUGUCUUUCUCCUCAAUAAACAAUAACUUUUGUCCAUAAACAAAAGUACCUUUGUGGGAGCUGUGGAAUCUGGCACCAUACACCAAAGAAGUUGAGAAGAGUUUCAUCCACUCCUGAGUUGAUAGACAGACUUUGGUACUGACUGCAGACCCUGUAGUAGUCCGUGAAUAAGCUUUUGUCUCUUAGCUUUGAUCCAGGAGCCCCUGGAAGACCCUGUCUUAGUCACCCAUGAACAAGAGAGUCUUUAUGGAAGUCUAAAUUUUCACGGAAGUUGCAGGUUACUAUUGAAGGGGUAAAAAUGUGAGUAUGAAUGCACUGACAAGAACAAGAAAACCAGUUUGACUUUACUCAUACCACCCUUCUCCCAAUACUCACAUCAGUGCAGAGACAUUUCAGCCAUGAGUUCUCUUGCAAGAGAAAAAUGAGUGCAUAUGAGUGAAUACCUGAUUUCUUUAGCUGUAUGGAAAAUUGCCAGAAAGGCUCAUUUCUGUCUCACCCCAUCCAGAGUACUAAAUUAUGCUCUAAGUGACACUGUGUGGGUGAGAGUUAACUGGGAGAGUGAUACAUAGGACUCUCAGAAGGCAUUCAAGGAAUGUGGAGCCUCCUAACUGUGUUGUGGACUUUAUCAAGAAAUCCCUCUUCCAAGAGCUUCUGGAAAUGCCUUGCCUAUAUAUGCAUCCCAUUUGCCACCAGCACCCCCAUUGCCUCACCCAUACACAUACACUGUCACCCUGUGGCCAGUUCUCUGUGCAUACUACUAAUGAAAGUGGUAAGAGUAAGAUUUCACAGACAGCAAGUGAGCAUACACAGAAGACUGGCCUGAAACUGUGGGUCAGAGAGAGACCACAUACCUGAGCUUUAGUGCCACCUUUAGAAAAUCUAAAAGGAGGUAAUUAGUUCAUGAUCUGGUGCAUUAUGGGGUCAGGAGAAGACAUAUAAGCUUAAGAAUUCUGCCACAAGAGGGAGUAAAAA